CACAACAGCGAGUGAGAAGCGUGCACGUCGCGCGCGCGCGCGCUCUAUAAAGCGAGUGAGUGAGCGGCCGCUGAGCGUUCAGUGCGGCGAGCAGGCGGAAGAGGCAAGGCCGGCGGACAGCGAGCGCGUGCGGCAGCCGCACGCCCAUUCGCGCACGAGGUCAAAGUUGAGCGCGGCGUGGGCAAUGGACGACUGGGCCGUGCCGUGGUGGAUGUUGGCCGCGUGGGCGAGCGUGCUGACCCCGCUGCUGGUGGGCUUCCUCCGCUCCCGCGACAGAAACAAGGACAAACUGCUGCCUGCUUGCGGGAAAGCGGUGGUCAUCACAGGCUGCGACUCCGGCUUCGGGAAGGCGACGGCUCGCCAUCUGGACUCGGCGGGCUUCCGGGUGUUCGCGACGGUGCUGGACGCGAGCGGCGAGGGCGCCGGCGAGCUGCGGCGGACGUGCUCGGAGCGACUCGCGCUGCUGCAGCUGGACAUCACGCAGCCGCAGCAGGUGCGGCGGGCGCUCGGCGAGGUUCAGGCGCAGCUGGGACCCGAAGGUCUGUGGGCCCUUGUGAACAACGCGGGCGUGUGCGUGAACUUCGGCGACAUCGAGCUGUCUCCCAUGUCCAACUUCCGCGGCUGCAUGGAGGUCAACUUCUUCGGAACGCUCAACGUCACCAAAAGCUUCCUGCCGCUGCUACGACGGGACAAAGGGCGACUGGUCACCGUCUCCAGUCCGGCCGGCGACCAACCGUUUCCGUGCUUGGCAGCGUACGGCGCGUCCAAAGCCGCGCUCAACCUUUUCAUGGACACGCUGAGACACGAGCUGACGCCCUGGGGAGUCCACGUCUGCACCAUCCUGCCUUCGUCCUACAAGACGGGUCAGUGCAGUAACACGGCGUACUGGGAGGCCCAACACCAGGAGCUCCUGGGUUCUCUUUCUCCGGCGCUUCUGGAAGACUUUGGCGAGGACUACGUGGGCGAGACCAAGGAACUGUUUCAACAAUUCGCUCGCCACGCCAACCCGGACCUCAGUCCCGUGGUGGACGCCAUGGAGCGGGCGCUACGGGAACCGCGGCCGCGGGUGCGCUACUUCGCCGGCCCCGGCGUGGGUUUCAUGUACCUGGUCACCAGCUACUUCCCCGCCGCCCUCAGUAACAGAUUCCUGCAGAGUAUUUUCGUCAAGAAGAGGCUGGCGCCCCGGGCGCUCAGGAAGGAGGCGGCCGCCGCCGCCAGCCUCGGGAAGGAGACCGCCGCCCACCGACGCCACGACAGCAAUAACAACGACGACGAGACGGACAAAGCCAAGUAGCCGCUUUGACUAUGUGACAGCAGCGCCGAUAGAUGAGGCGCUUUAAGACCGAGACUUUCUUGGCGUGCGCUGACAUAGACGAGAUUUUGUAUGGACUGUUGAUUUGUGGAAUAUUAUCUGCCCAAAUCAACUAGUGUCUUACUAUGGAGGACAAAGAGUGUACUAGUAGAUGGGGCCCUGAGAUGGAUAUGGGUAUGCUCAAGCAGGUUUCUAUAGAUCAUUUAUUGCCGCUAAAAACUUCUCGUUUGUCAAUAUCUGGUUCUAGAAGUUCGACAUGGACUAAUUCUGGUUCUUCAAGUUGUGCUUCUCGAGGUUGUAGUUCGACCAGGUGUGGUUCUUCAGGUCGCGGUUCAAGAAGUCGUCGUGAUUUUAGUUCUGGUUCUAGACCUUUUAGUUCAAGGCGAGCCGGUUCUAGAAGUUGAGGUCUUAAGUCCUAGUUCUCGAAGUGACGGUUCAUAAGGUUGCUGUUGGAAAAGUUGCGGUUCGAGAAGCCGGACGGCUCAACCGACUCCGCCCGUGUGGGGCGUCGGGAGUUUUUAAAAGGAGCGCCGGCCCCCCAGCCUGUUUUCACAAGCGCAACAAGAAGUCACGCUUGCUGCAAUAAAACGGCGAAUAUUUAUAGCAAACUCUACCUUUCCACUUUUAACACUCAAACUGUGAAUUUUGUAUCAAAACAAUUGAGAUUUUUGUUUUGGUGUUCAUUCUUUUCUUGAAUUAAAGUCUUUUUCCCCACA